AUGCUUCCUGAUGAUAUACUCGCACAUGUACUCUCAUUUGUGCCCCCCAAUCAACUCUAUGAUAAAUUCAUCCGUCCAUACAAACUGCUAGACCAUCAAAUCCAAAAACUUGCUUAUACAUGUAUCUUUCAAUACCCAAUUGUAGUUAAGAAUCGUGCACAAAAGGAAUUAGAAUCUCAAAGAUUUGGCCCCAGUUCUGAGGGAUUCACAGCAUUUGAAUUGGAUGAUUUCCAACAUGGUUAUUCGGUAUUGGUAUCUCUCAUGAGAAAUAACAUUGCCAAGUCGGUCGAUAUGCUUUUCCCUCCUGAAGUUACCCUUUCAUUCGUGGUAAUGCUGCAUCUGGAUAUUGAAAUCGAUCAAUUUAGCAAGUUAUUGGAAGUUUUAGCCUUUGAUAAUUACUAUCAAGACGCUAUCCCUAAAAUUAACGUGACCAUCUGGUACAAUGUAGCACCCGGAGUAUUGGAUCGUGGGAUUCGUAACCAUAAUAAAAUUCUUCAAAGAAUCCAAUCAUUAGGCCGUAAAAUGAAUAAAAUCUCUAUUACUAAUAGAGCAAGGCCAAUCCAAGAAAGAUCUAGACAAUCAAAAUCACAAUCUCAAAGCCCACCUCCUUUACAUAUCUUGUACCCCUUGGGGUUCUCCAAUCUAACCACCAUACAUCUUGUAAAUAAUGGAAUCCAAGGUUCUUUCAAGCAAGAUUUGCGUAACACUACCCCACAUCUUCAAAUAUUAGAUAUCAGAAGUAAUAAUGUUACCUCCUUGAGAGAAUUAUCACUCCCCAAGUCAUUGCUUGAAUUCUUGAUAUCUUCAAAUACCUUGACUUCUUUAUCGGGGCCAAAUUGGCAUGAAUUGAUUCAUUUGCAUACUUUGGAUGCUUCAAUAAAUGCCAUUGCAACUUUGGAUGACGUAAGAGUUCUCCCCAUAGCAUUAAAACAUCUCAAGUUGGAUUACAAUUCAAUCCAUGACAUCAGUAGAGUUCAUCUCCCAAGACAAUUGGAAACUUUAUCACUUUCCAAAAAUAAUAAUUUAAACAUCUUUGAAGAUUUUGGAAUUCUGUCAGAUUUAUUACCUAAUAGUUUACUUGAAAUUUAUCUUGAUGGUAAUAAUAUUAAGUCAUUACCUCAAGAUUUGUUUGAAAAUUGUAAUAAACUAAUGAUACUUAGUUUGGCCGAGAAUGGAAUUGAUGACCCUGAUGAUUUAGGAUCCUUACCUGAUUCAUUACAAGAACUUAUCUUGGAUGAUAAUGAAAUAGAUUAUCUUGAUUGGGAUAACAUAUUGACUCCAAACUUGAAUGUACUUCUGAUGUCAUCUACUGGGUUAAUAUCUCUCGAGGGUGUUACCCUUCCACCAACUUUAAAGAAAUUCAAUUUAUCUGGAAAUCAAAUAUCUUCAUUAGACGGGAUUCAAUUCCCAAUUGGAUUAGAAACAUUGAAAUUGAACCAUAAUAAAUUGAGUCAAUUCCAAUUCCAAUUCCAAACCAAUUUAACAACUCUAGAUCUUUCGUAUAAUAAUGUGGUUGAUGUAAAUGAUUUAGAAUUGCCCGAUUCCUUGGAAUCGCUUACUUUAGCGGGCUUGAUGUUGGGAUCUAUUGAUAAUAAACUACUUUCCAAGCUUCCUAAAGGUCUACGUGACUUGGAUAUAUCUGACAUUGGGGAAACUGGCAUUCUAAAUUGUGACUUUGAUCAAUUCAAUCAAUUGGAAAGAUUAUACCUUGAUAAUAAUCGAAUUACAUCGAUUGAUGUACAAACAAAAUUCCCCCAGACUCUUAAACAUCUUUCAAUGGACUCAAAUUUGAUUGGAUUUGAUGCUCUCUAUAAAGAAUUCCCGAAAAAUUUGUACUAUCUUCUGGUAAAUCGUACCCAUGAUAAUCAAAGAUUGAUCUUACAAAAUGAUGUUUAA